AUGGAUGUACUUCGCCUGUCGCUGCUGCUCCUGCCGCUGCUGCUCCAAGUGGGAAUCGUGCGCGGAUCGAACCACGGCGAAUUUCUCGGUAAACGACUUCUGGAGACGCGCCGCUCCGGGCAUCAUCAUCUGGCGCACAUCGGUAAGCCCCACCACCAGCAGAAAAGCGCGUAUGACGAACCCGGAGUGGUUACCGCGUUUCUGCACACCGGAGACUCGAGUACGUUAGCGCACGCCAACUGCAGCCGCCGGUACGAGCUCACAGCGCUGCGGGGAAGCGCGGAGUCCAUGGGCAGCGUCUUGGAUACGGUGCUGCACGCUACCAACUUCCUCAACAUGAUCCUGCAAGCCAACAGGUCCAGAGAGCAGAGUCUGCGGAAGGAUAUCGAGUGGUACCACGCGUUGGUCAGGAGCAUACUGGAAGGAGAUGACAAGAUCCACCGCGCAGUUGUGACUUUUAACGUGGAUUCCUCGGUGGUGGGGCCAGAUGUGUUGCUCCAGGCGACGCGGGCAGGUGGGGAGAUUGUCCUGCAAGAUCUUUCCGGGGAUGCGCACCGACACCUGCAUAACCGGAGCGCGGAGACGGAGUGGUACCACGGGGUGAGAGACAGGAAAAAGAAGCCCGCGUUUCACAAAAGGGUGCUCAGUCAGGAUUUUACUUCUGUGGACAAUUCGCUGAAACGUGGGGAGAGUUACAUUCCGGAUAAGACGCACGUGAAGUGGUCCGCGCCGUACUUGGAAUGUGAGAAUGGGAAUUUUGUGCCGCGCUGGCUUUUGACCCUGUCAGCGGGUUUCUACGGGCUCAAGAGCAAUCAAGCUCCGCAGUUCAGAGGCGUGGUGCGUGUGGACAUUAACCUGCAGGAUGUGGAUAUUGACCAGUGCUCCACAGACGGAUGGUUCGCCGGGACGCACACAUGCAACCUGACCACGAUGGAGUGUUUGCCAAUGCGUGGUUAUGGUUUCGUUCUGGACAAGUACCAGUGCCAGUGCAAGAGAGGCUUCUACCACCCCAGCAGAGUGGCAAUCAACAGCUUUGAAAGGUUGGAUAAGAGUGGCAGAGUGGUCGACAGUGGUCCAAACGCAGAUGAAGCCUGGUCUAGUGACUGUCUGCCCUGUGCUCCGGGCUGUACCUUCUGUAAGGACGAUACCCCCUGUGUGACCCGGGAGGACGGGGCUCUGAGGCUGGCUGUGCUGGGCUUCCAGUGCCUCUGCAUGCUGCUCCUCUUCAUCAGCAUGGUCAUCAUCUACCACUACAGGAGGAACAAGAGCAUCCGAGCUUCAGGCCUGGUUCUCCUGGAGGCCAUUUUGUGUGGAGCCCUUCUUCUCUACUUCCCGGUGGGUAUCCUGUACUUCCAGCCCAGUGUGUUCCGCUGUAUCCUGCUCCGAUGGGUGCGUCUGCUGGGCUUCGCUACAGUCUACGGGACGCUGACUCUGAAACUGUACAGAGUGCUGAAGGUGUUCCUGUCACGCACGGCCCAGAGGAUCCCGUACAUGACGAGCUGGCGGGUGCUGCGUCUGCUGGCCAUCAUCUUGCUGGUGGUGCUGUGGUUCCUGGUGGCCUGGACCUCAGCCGUGUGCCAGAGCCCGGAAAGGAGGUGGGCCCUCAUCGAUGUGGGCUACACCCCUGAGGGACUGCAGUUCAGCAUGUGUCUGCUGGACCGCUGGGACUACAUGAUGGCUGUCGCUGAGUUCUUGUUCCUGUUGUGGGCCGUGUACCUGUGCUACGCUGUUCGGACGGUCCCCUCUGCGUUCCACGAGCCACGAUACAUGGCCAUCGCCGUGCACAACGAGCUGGUGCUGUCCGCCAUCUUCCACGUCAUCAGGUUCACUCUGGCCCCAGAGCUUCAUCCAGACUGGAUGCUUCUGCUCUUCUUCACACACACACAUCUGACUGUGACAGUGACUCUGGGCCUGCUGCUCGUCCCAAAGUUCCUGUUUGGUGGGACUCACAUGAGAGAUGACAUCGCCUCUGAAGCCUACGAGGACGAGCUGGACAUGGGACGUUCCGGCUCCUACCUGAACAGCAGCAUCACCUCUGCCUGGAGCGAACACAGCCUGGACCCCGAGGACAUACGGACCCCAGAGGAAAUGGCCCCUCACAGCUCCAUUAAGAGCUGUGGCAUAAGAUCUUGCGAGGGUCUGUGGGAAAAACGUACCAACGAGGAGCUCAAGAAACUCUACUCCCAGUUAGAAAUCUACAAACGCAAAAAGAUGCUAGCCAACAAUCCCCAUCUCCAAAAGAAGAGAAGCUCCAAGAAAGGCCUGGGUCGCUCCCUAAUGAGGCGGAUUACCGAGAUCCCCGAGUCCGUUCACCGCCAGUGCAGCCGCGAAGACAAAGACUCUGGAGAACACGGAAGCAACCGGAACAGCAUCUGCAUGUUGAAGAAGAACCCGUUCGAUCCGACGCAUGCGGUCAAGCCCGUGAAAGAGGAACCCAUAAAGAACAACGUCUUUUCCUUGAAGAAGUCGCACAGUAGCUACGAUCACGUCCGUGACCAGACCGAAGAAUCCAACAGUUCUGCGACGGAUAAAACGGAGGUUACGACAGCCGAAGGAUCGCUCUUGGAGACACUCAUGGGCAAGAAGCUGGUGAAAAGGAAGUCGAAUGAGAAUGUUAAUGUUCCAAGUGAAUCCACAGAAUCGGUUCCGUUGGUGUGCAAGUCGGCGAGCGCGCACAACCUGACUGCAGACAAGAAGCCCAUCCAUCCGAGGCCGUCCAUGUUGCAGAAGUCCCUCAGCGUCAUUGCGAGUGCCAAAGAAAAAACUCUUGGCCUUACCGGGAAGAUACAAAGUGCGGAAGACAGCAAUAAAAAGACCCAGCCAAAAACCAAGGAUGUAAAAAGCACCGCAGAACCAGAUAUUGAACCCAAGAUGGUGAGCCAGUCUACUGAAGCUAAACCAAGUGUAACCAAGAGUUGUAUGGCCAAACCGCAGAUCAGCAGUAGCCAGCCGGUAAUGUGUCCCGAUCCUGUUAAAGCAAAAGAAUUCUACGAUCUUUCCGAAGUUUGUCCUUGGGAGGUGGAAGAAGUCCACACUCCGUCGGAAAACAGGGUCCAAAAGCACGUGUCUAUAGCACCAAAAGAAACCACCACAGUUCAUGGAGGAGCUGUAAAAACAGGCAAAACGCAGCAGCAGAAAAAGAAAGGUUCAGAUGCCCAACCAAAUGUUGGAGUUACAAAAGAACUUCAGAGGACUUCAGCCAUGCGAGCAGAUAUCUGUCCGUGGGAGGAUACAAGUGAGAGUAGUCAGUUGACCAAGCAGCAAGGACCUGCUCAAUCAACCGGUCAACUUGCGAAGCCUCUUUUACCCACAGAAAGCACCGUCACUAAGCGGGCAGAUGUUUGUCCAUGGGAUUUUGACGAUCCGCAAAAGACUUCAGAGCGAGUGAGUUCAACGGACGCAUCGAAAAAACUAAAAGGAUCAUCUCCUGUGGAACCGAAAGGGAAAAGCGCUCUUUGUGAACCUUCAAAGACAGCAGGGUCCUUCCAGCUACCAACAUCCAAGAUCGACGUUUGUCCUUGGGAUUACGACGCCAACACCCUUUCACCUAAAUCCGAACAAACACCUAGCCCAUCGAGAGGCAAGGAGUCGCCUUCAAGAAAGACAGGCAGCCUUGCGCCAAGAACUGUUGAAAAAUCAAAAGACAGUGACGAGGAGAAAAGUAGACUGAAAGCUCAGGACAAGCUCAGAUCUACGGAGAAGCAUGCCGUCAGCCAGCAGAAGAUGGCUGAUGUAUGUCCCUGGGAGGUCGAGAGCGAGGAGGUGCCCCUAGUGGAGAAGAGGAGGAGCACGAAUUUAGGGGCAGCCAAAGCGAAGGCGGAAGUGUGCCCGUGGGAAUUCGAGGACGCUAGCCAAAACACAGGCAGAGACAGAAGCUCUAUGGGGGUCCGGCAGAGCACACCCAGUCCUAGCGCAGCGAAUAAGGCCGAAGUUUGCCCGUGGGACUUCGAUGACAGCACAGCAACUAAGAAAGCAUGA